GAGUGACGUACCACCGUAUAGUGAAUACGGAACUAAAUAAACUAAACCCAUUUUCUUAUUCUCAUCUCUUUCUCUCUCUAUGCUUUCUCUCUCUACUUUCAGGCUCUGAGCUCUCCUCCCAAUCUUAUUAGCUGUGAGUGGUCUGUUAUGGAUGGUAACAAGGAUGAAGCACUGAGAUGUGUUCGCAUUGCUGAAGAAGCAAUUAGCUCAGGUGACAAAAGACGUGCUUUGAAAUUCAUUAAAAUUGCUCAGCGUCUCAAUGGUGAUUUGCCAGUUGCCGAGCUUUUGGCUGCUUGUGAGAAGCUUGGUUCUUCUGAGUCUCCUUCAGAGUCUAGAAAUGGGAGAAGUGUAGGUGAGAUUAAGAAUGAGUUUGACCCGCUUAAUACUAGGGAGAGAAAUUAUUCUGAGGAACAUGUUCAGUUGAUUAGGCAGAUAAGGAAAAAUAAAGACUAUUAUGCUGUUCUUGGUGUGGAGAAGACUUGUUCAGUUGAGGAAAUUAGAAAGGCUUAUAGGAAAUUGUCUCUGAAAGUUCAUCCUGACAAAAACAAGGCUCCUGGAUCGGAAGAGGCGUUUAAGACAGUGAGCAAAGCCUUUAGGUGUUUGAGUGAUGGUGAAUCAAGGAGACAGUAUGAUCAGACUGGAUUGGUUGAUGAAUUUGAGUAUAACCAACAACACAACAAUGUAAGGCGACGGCGGAGGCGAACUGAGCAGGACAUUUUUGAGGAUGAGUUUGACCCUAAUGAAAUAUUCAGGGCAUUCUUUGGUCAGAGUGAAAUGUUUCGAGCUAGUCAUGUUUAUAGGGCCCGAGGAAUGGGCGGUCAACAACCGAGGGAAGAGUUUCAUGGGGGAGGACUUAAUUUCAUGCUCCUUCUUCAAAUAUUGCCCUUUUUGCUCAUUAUAUUGCUUGCAUAUCUGCCAUUUUCAGAGCCUGAAUAUUCACUGCACAAGAAUUACUCCUAUCAAGUUCCCAAGACAACUGAGAAAUAUGGUGUGGAAUUUUAUGUUAAGUCCACAGCAUUCGACAAUAAUUAUCCUAUUGGAAGUUCUGCUCGGAGUGAUAUUGAAGAUAGUGUGAUCAAAGAUUAUAAAAGUAUUCUUCUGCGCUACUGCCAGGUAGAGCUUCAAAGACGGCACUGGAAUAAGAAUCAUCCUACACCCCACUGUAACAAGCUACAUAACCUUGGAUUAGCGUGAGGUUUAUAUCUGAUAAUGUCUUUCAAGUGAAGUCACCCACCCUGUAUGUUUAAUAUUGAAUUAGUAUCUUUAAAUUGCAAGGCUGGGCCAGAGAACAUAAUGAAUGUCCUUAUGCUUAUUUACUCAAUGCCGGUUUUAGAUUUAGGACAUUUCAGACACUUCUUUUUUUCUCUUUCAAGGAUUUGUAUGUAUGUGUUUAUUAUUAUUUGCUUACACUGCUGUGAGGAAGAUUAUUGUAUAGUAUGCUGAUAUUACAAGAUUAAGCAGUUGAAUUGACACAAUUUUAUCCCUCAAAUAAAAAUAAAACAGGGACUAUUAUGACUAGAUUUGGUAUAGUUUUUAGUGAUGAUGAUGAUGAUGAAGCUGGAGCUUGAAGUAAUAGCUAUGGAUUCAAAGUUGAGUUUCAGUUUUUGGACCUUUUUUCCACUCCAUGCAGCUAAUACAGAAUCGUGGUAAAAGAGGGUUUUGAUGAGCACCUUAUCACUUGCUUAGUGGAUGUGGUGAAAUUUGUAUACUUGCUCCUUGAGAAUACCCAUAAACCCAUUAUAGGCACCACAUAUAACACAAGUUGAACAAUCUGAUAUUUGAUACAGAUUUUUAUGUUUAUUAUUUUUUUUCUUUUCUGUGUCAUUGUUUAUAAGAUUUUAACUAAAGUUGAUCCUGGCUUUCAUUCCAUGGUCCUUUAUUAUAUUGAUUUAUAUUUAAUACUAAGUCUUUUUUGUCAA